AAUUAACAAUGGGUCCUACUCAAGGAAAGGAAGUAAAUCAAAUAGAAUCUACAAUUAGUUGUCUCCCUAAAUGCGAGAUCGAGUGCUUAAGUUAUUCGCAAGAUUUGAUGUUGAUGGUUCCAAAUCAAUUGAAAAAUCAGAAACAAUUAAAUAUUGGUAUGUUAGCCAAUUUCAAAUCUGAAUAGGAAGAGCAACUUUGCCAAAUUGAACACUGAAGAAUUAUUUAAAUCCGUUGAUACUGAUAACAGUGGAACUAUAUCUGAGGAAGAAUGGCUUAAUUUUUGGACAUCAGUGCUAAGAAGUGGUCACACAGAAGAGGAUAUUGCUGACGAAGUAAGUAUGAUUCGGCUGAAUAAUUUAGUUGGAAAGCAUAGAGUCAGGGUCCUCAUGGGUUAAAUUCGAGAAUUUGGAUAAAAAAAAAGGGUGA